AUGACGAGGCUGGGUACAUUUCGCGCAACGUACCUCGUUGCGUUGUGCUGCGUGGGGUCGUUUCUGUUUGCCUAUGAUACGGGUAUCGUGGGAGGAGUGUUGACGCUGCAGUCGUUCCAGAAUGAUUUUGGAUUCAGUGCCAAGGAGAAGAGCGAUGUGAGCUCUCUGUCUGCAAGUCUUCUCCAAGCAGGAGCAUUCUUCUCCUGUUUGUUCGUAUGGCCAUUUACCGCUCGCUUCGGACGCCAAUGGUCCAUUGUGCUCGCUUCCUUCGUCUUCAACAUCGGCGCCAUCCUUCAGCUCUUUUACUCCCACGGCCUGGCAACCUGGUACGCAGGACGAGUCAUCUCCGGCGUGGGCGUCGGUAUCGCCACCGUCAUCAUCCCCAUGUUCUCGGCUGAGAUGGCGCCCAAGGAAAUCCGUGGCCGCGUCGGCAGCUUCUUCCAGUUCUUCUUCACUCUUGGCGUCUUCUUCAGUUACUGGGUUGACUACGCUGUGGAUAAGAACAUGGCGUCGACGAGUGCUCAGUGGCGCGUGCCCGUGGGGCUGCAGCUGGUUCCCGGUGGCAUCUUGGGUUUGGGAAUGCUGUUGACAAAGGAGAGUACGAGAUGGCUUGCCAAGAAGGGUCGUCAUGAAGAGGCUAUGGCUUCGUUGGUUUGGGUGCGAGGCGGUGAUUCGCCGGAAGUGCAGCAAGAGUAUAGCGAAAUCCUGGCUGGUAUUGAGGAGGAAGAGAGACUUACGGCGGGUGUUACCUGGAAAGAAUACAUGUUGCCGGCCAAUCGGUAUCGCAUUUUCAUUGCGAUUUCUAUGCAGAUUGGCGCACAACUCACUGGCAACACAAGUCUAGCAUACUUCUCUCCUCAAAUAUUCGGCGCCGUCGGUGCGGGAGAUAACGCCCUCCUCCUAUCCGGCUUCUUUGGUCUCUGCAAAGUCAUUUCCUGCCUCUUCUUCCUCCUCUUCCUCGUCGAAAGAAUCGGCCGAAAGGGUUCGCUGCUCAUAGGAUCAUUCCUUAUGGGCGUAUACAUGCUGAUCAUCGGGCUUGUCACGAAAUACAACCCCGCUAAUCCAAAGGCUGGCCUGACGCCUCCCGCAAUUGCAUCCAUCACCAUGAUAUACCUCGAAGCCAUGACGUACAACAUCUCCUGGGGUCCCGUGCCAUGGUUGUACAUGAGUGAAAUCUUUCCCACGCGCAUCCGAGAAGGUGGUGUUGCUGUUGGUGCGGCCUCGCAGUGGUUGUUCAACUUUACGUUUUCGCAAAUCACGCCUCAUGCAAUCAACAACCUUGGCUGGAAGACGUUUUUGAUGUUUGCCAUUUUCAACUGGGCGCUUGUGUUUUAUACUUGGUUCUUUAUUAAGGAGACUAAGGGUCGAUCUCUUGAAGAAAUGGAACUCAUCUUCAACAAGAAACACACACAAAUUGAUAUCCCGGCAGCUCAUAACAAGGUUACGCGGGAACAUGUGGAGGUGCCUUAA